GUUGUCAAUUGUCAACAGCUCCAUACCUCGGAAACCGUGAACACCUAACCAUUCCGACCGCGUAUUAUCCUUGAACCCAAUUUCGACCAGUCUUCUCUCUAUCAGGCAAAAUGACGUCGACAAUCGGUAUUCCCAUCAAGCUUCUCAACGAGGCGCAAGGCCACAUCGUCACGUUGGAGAUCACUUCGGGUCAGACGUACCGCGGCAAGCUAUUAGAAGCUGAGGACAACAUGAACGUGCAACUCAAGGAUAUCACGGUUACUGCGCGAGACGGUCGAGUCAGCCAUCUGGAUCAAGUCUACAUCCGUGGAAGCCACGUGCGAUUCUUCAUUGUACCCGACAUGUUGAAGAACGCGCCCAUGUUCCGAAGUCGCAACGCCAGAGGUCGUGGUGUCGGUCUAGCCAGAGGACGAGCCACCGUGAGCAGGGCAAGGGCGAGCGGUCGCGGAGGACGAUGAACAUAGUCGUGUUGAAGAGAUUACUUUACGACAUCCGUGGGGCGGGCGUUAAUGGGAACAAAAGUUUGGCAUACCGAUUGGUGAUUGA